CGGAGAAGUUGUUUACGCAUUUUACGCACAAAAAUUACAUACCCUACAGUUCCGUCGUGAAAAGAAACCUUUGUCAUAAUUUACACCCGUUGACAAUUGUCCUGAAUUAUUUUACGGAACCGCCUUUCGAGAUUGUGCAAGUUGUUUUUCUUGUUCGUCUUCACUCCAGGGAUGCCCCCACCUCUCCUGGCCUGAUUGUUGACUGGGCCCAGGGGGAAUGACCUGUACUGCAAACCUCCAACACUCAGUUUUCUGAAAGACUGACAGACAGAUUCCGAAAAUGGCGUCCUUCAGAAUUCUGUCAAAAUCAGAGCAAUUUCAUAGAAAUAUAUCUUCAGUGAGAAGACAAAAAGGAGUACUGUCUAUGCAGUAUGGCAAGUGUGUUCCUCACCCUCGGGUGUGUGGCUGUUGCUUCUCUACCUCCUGCCCCAGGGAUGCCCACUUCUUUACCGACCCCACAGAGGCAGUGAAAGACAUCCCAGAUGGCUCCACUCUACUAGUCGGAGGGUUUGGUUUGUGUGGAAUACCCGAGAAUCUGAUUGGGAGUUUAUUGAAGACUGGAGUGAAAGGUAUCACAGCAGUCAGCAACAACGCUGGUGUGGAUAAUUUUGGUCUUGGUCUGCUGCUGAGGACCAAGCAGAUCAAGCGGAUGAUUUCCUCCUACGUUGGGGAGAAUGCAGAGUUUGAGAGACAGUACCUUUCAGGGGAACUGGAGGUGGAGCUAACGCCUCAGGGUACCCUGGCAGAGAGGGUACGUGCCGGCGGUGCUGGGGUCCCUGCCUUCUUCACGCCCACUGGGUAUGGCACACUGAUCCAGGAGGGAGGCUCACCCAUCAAAUACAACACAGACGGCAGUGUGGCCAUCGCUAGCAAGAAGAGAGAGGUGAGGGAGUUCAAUGGCAUCCACUAUGUCAUGGAGAGAGCCAUCACAGGGGACUUUGCUUUGAUCAAGGCCUGGAAAGCUGAUCGAGCCGGUAACAUUGUGUUCAGAAAAACAGCACGGAACUUCAACCAGCCCAUGUGUAAAGCAGCUAAAGUCACCGUAGUGGAGGUAGAAGAGAUUGUAGAUGUGGGGACCUUUGCUCCAGAAGAUAUCCAUGUCCCCAGCAUCUAUGUUGACAGGAUUGUGAAGGGGGCAGUCUAUGAGAAGAGGAUAGAGAAGAGAACGGUCCAGAAAGGCUCUAUGGAGACACCCAAACCCAAGAGGAAGGCAGACCUGCUCCGAGAGAGGAUCAUCAGGAGGGCAGCUCUGGAGUUCCAGGAUGGAAUGUAUGCAAACCUUGGUAUUGGGAUCCCGAUGCUGGCCAGCAACUUCAUCAACUCUGACAUCACUGUGCACCUACAGAGUGAGAAUGGACUUCUGGGCCUGGGUCCUUAUCCCACCGAAAGUGAGGUAGACCCAGACCUUAUCAAUGCAGGUAAAGAGGUUGUAACUGUGGUUCCUGGAGCCGCGUUUUUCUCCAGUGAUGAAUCAUUUGCUAUGAUCAGGGGUGGCCACAUUGACCUGACCAUGUUGGGGGCCAUGCAGGUGUCUAAGUAUGGGGACCUGGCCAACUGGAUGAUCCCGGGAAAGAUGGUGAAAGGAAUGGGAGGGGCUAUGGACCUAGUGGCAAGUGCAGGAACCAAAGUGGUGGUGACCAUGGAGCAUUCUGCUAAGGGGGACAAACACAAAAUCCUGGAGAGUUGUACUCUCCCACUGACCGGGAAGCAGUGUGUGGAUAGGAUCAUCACUGAAAAGGCAGUUUUUGAUGUUGACAAGGCCAGCGGCCUCACUCUCAUAGAGAUCUGGGAGGGGCUGACUCCUGAUGACAUCAGAGCUUGCACUGGCACAGAUUUUGCUGUGUCCCCAAAUCUAAGACCAAUGCAGCAGAUCUGACCCAGUGACUCCAAAUCUUUCUGCAGUGCACAGAAUCCUUCUUUUAACAUCCCACGUGACCAUAGUGCUACAAAUGCAUGUACACAUCAACUCUGGGAGAGAGGUAUAAAUAGACCUGCAGACUUGAAGGUAUUGACAGUUAAGAGUCAGUCGGCUACAAUGUGCCUGUGACUUACAAUAGAAUCAGCUUGCUGAAGUCUAGGUCUACAAUGCAAUGACUGGUCAUUCCAAGCUGUAUAUGGUAUGAUCCAUGGCAGAUUGUUUUACUCUUAAAAUGGCAUAACUAAAUUUGUUUGAGUUUCAUAAUUUUACAGAGACACUCAAGUGCUAAGUUUUUUUUUUGGUUCAGGAUGGGAUGAUAUCAAAUUGAUUUGUCACAUACACAUGGUUAGCAGAUGUUAAUGCGAGUGUAGCGAAAUGCUUGUGCUUCGAGUUCCGACAAUGCAGUAAUAACCAACGAGUAAUCUAACAAUUCCAAAACUACUACCUUAUACACACAAGUGUAAAGGGAUAAAGAAUAUGUACAUAAAGAUAUGAAUGAGUGAUGGUACAGAACGGCAUAGGCAAGAUGCAGAAGAUGGUAUCGAGUACAGUAUAUACAUAUGAGAUGAGUACUGUAGGGUAUGUAAACAAAGUGGCAUAGUUUAAAGUGGCUACAGCAGCAGAUGGCACAGGGAUGUAUUGUCUGCAUGAUAUCAUACAUUAUAUACACUUGAGAGCAUCUGGGGUAGUCAAACUCAUACAAUGUGUCUAACUUGGGUAAAUUCAGCAUUGUGACCUUUGCACUAAUGGUGCAGCGCAGAGAGGCUCAACCAGGAAAAACAAUUGUUACGCAACCUGUUCCCUACUCAGAAAAGGGGGGUGGUGAUUUGUUCCUGGGUUCUGUUGGAUUGUAAGGCCGGUAGGUAGGAUGUGAUGGUCUAGGAGGAAGAGAGAAAAUACACUGCUCAAAAAAAUAAAGGGAACACUUAAACAACACAAUGUAACUCCAAGUCAAUCACACUUCUGUGAAAUCAAACUGUCCACUUAGGAAGCAACACUGAUUGACAAUAAAUUUCACAUGCUGUUGUGCAAAUGAAAUAUACAACAGGUGGAAAUUAUAGGCAUUUAGCAAGACACCCCCAAUAAAGAAGUGGUUCUGCAGGUGGGACCACAGACCACUUCUCAGUUCCUAUGCUUCCUGGCUGAUGUUUUGGUCACUUUCGAAUGCUGGCGGUGCUUUCACUCUAGUGGUAGUAUGAGACGGAGUCUACAACCCACACAACUGGUUCAGGUAGUGCAGCUCUUCCAGGAUGGCACAUCAAUGUGAGAUGUGACCAGAACGUUUGCUGUGUCUGUCAGCGUAGUGUCCAGAGCCCUACCAGGAGACAGGCCAGUACAUCAGGAGACGUGGAGGAGGCCGUAGGAGGGCAACAACCCAGCAGUAGGACCGCUACCUCCGCCUUUGUGCAAGUAGGAGCAGGAGGAGAACUGCCAGAGCCCUGCAAAAUGACCUCCAGCAGGCCACAAAUGUGCAUGUGUCUGCUCAAACGGUCAGAAACAGACUCCACGAGGGCCUGACGUCCACAGGUGGGGGUUGUGCUUAUACAGCCCAACACCGUGCAGGAGGUUUGGCAUUUGCCAGAGAACACCAAGAUUGUCAAAUUCGCCACUGGCGCCCUGUGCUCUUCACAGAUGAAAGCAGGUUCACACUGAGCACAUGUGACAGACGUGACAGUCUGGAGACGCCAUGGAGAACGUUCUGCUGCCUGCAACAUCCUCCAGCAUGACUGGUUUGGCGGUGUGUCAGUCAUGGUGUGGGGUGGCAUUUCUUUGGGGGGCCGCACAGCCCUCCAUGUGCUCGCCAGAGGUAGCAUGACUGCCGUUAGGUACCGAGAUGAGAUCCUCAGACCCCUUGUGAGACCAUAUGCUGGUGCGGUUGGCCCUGGGUUCCUCCUAAUGCAAGACAAUGCUAGACCUCAUGUGGCUGGAGUGUGUCAGCAGUUCCUGCAAGAGGAAGGCAUUGAUGCUAUGGACUGGCCCGCCCGUUCCCCAGACCGGAAUCCAAUUGAGCACAUCAUUGAGCUCCAUCCACCAACGCCACGUUGCACCACAGACUGUCCAGGAGUUGGCGGAUGCUUUAGUCCAGGUCUGGGAGGAGAUCCCUCAGGAGACCAUCCGCCACCUCAUCAGGAGCAUGCCCAGGCAUUGUAGGGGGGUCAUACAGGCACGUGGAGGCCACACACACUACUGAGCCUCAUUUUGACUUGUUUUAAAGGACAUUACAUCAAAUUUGGAUCAGCCUGUAGUGUAGUUUUCCACUUUAAUUUUGAGUGUGACUCCAAAUCCAGACCUCCAUGGGUUGAUAAAUUUGAUUUCCAUUGAUAAUUUGUCUGAUUUUGUUGUCAGCACAUUCAACUAUGUAAAAAAAGUAUUUAAUAAGAAUAUUUCAUUCAUUCAGAUCUAGGAUGUGUUAUUUUAGUGGUCCCUUUAUUUUUUUUGAGCAGUGUACAUGUCAGGGGCAAAGCAACAUCAAAGUGCAUGAACCAAGUAGUGCCAGGUGAAUAAACAGGAAGUAAAUAUGUAAUCAACUCAGAGCCGACUAUCCUUUUGGGGGCUCCAAGCGAGAUUUGGUUGGCCCUUUGCAGCAAAACAUUAGUUUUAGUGGCCCCCCCUCUUAAAAGUGGGGAUAAUGUGUUUUAAAAAAGGAAUUUCCUGCAAUUCUACACCUUUGCCAUGGGGCAGAGAAACCUUGCAAUUUAAUAACAAAUGUUAUGCUUUUUCCAGACAUGAUUUAUGCCACAUUAAUAGAAUAUCUGAGUGAGAAUGAUUUUGUUAGUCAAAAGGGAAAGUCAGGGCCCCUGGACACGUGCCCUGUGUGCCCAGUCGCUAGUCGGACAUGAUUACUUCAAGUUUAGAUCAAAAUUAAGUGGCUGCCAGUGACAAGAGUAUAACUGCUGAUGCACAACCAAAUUGCGAAAUUGAGGAGUGGGGCAUAUAAGCAGACAAUGAACGCUCGUACAAUAUUCAAUGAUUACAUUUCUCUAAAACUACCUGCGCACCAACACACUUUGUAUGACUUUCUUAGCUACAGUAUAUACAUAUCUCCCUGGUAAAUUGAAUAAUUUAUACAGCAGCAUACAAUACAAUUUUGCACUCACUUGGUUGUGCUGUGCUCACAGGAAAGUGGCACAGUGGUCCUUCGUGGGCAAAUUGUCAAACGUCUGGCAUUCUCUGGAUUUAUGGUGCUUUCAAAACAACUGGUAACUCUGAAAAAACAAGGUCGAAUCAUGAUGUCAUUAAUCUUCAGCUCAUAGCUCUAGAUAGAGAGGCUAGAUUUACAAUUCCUAAAUGGAUGACCAUUCAAAACGUAUUUUCCCAAUCGGAGCUCGUUUAUUCCCAACUUCCCAGUGGUCUUGAACUCACUGAGGUCAAGUUCCCGCAGUUCCGAGUUAAAAUUGUUUUGAGCGCGGCACAAAUCAUGCGUCAUUGACAGCAUGGCCAAUGUUGAAUGUUUACCAUUUUAACGUCCCAAAUUUGGGACCACACAGCCACUCCACAGAGUAGCAGGCUAGUGAUUGCUUUGCUUGCAGUUAGCCACUGACACUGAUUCCUUCCAAACCACUGUUGAAUUUGCAAUUUCCAACUUGUGUAAUGUUUGCCCAAUGGCUGAUGAGCACGGAUACAUUUUAGCUUUAAUUUCUCUUCAUAUGACAAGGAUUAAAAAGGAUUUGCCAGUA